CGUCAUUUAACGAUUGAUAUAUAUUCAGAGGGACAGAAUGCACAAAAAAAAGAUGAAACUAAGAGCGGUCCUUCGGUUCUUUACUGUAUCGCGUUGUUCUGUACCUGAUUGUUUACAGAGUUGAACGUUAUUAUUUCAUGGUGCAUUGGCAAGAUUAGAUAUGUCAUUCGAAAAUUAAGCCAAAAAGGUUAUCAUAUCAUUUCUGAUCUUUCUGUUGGUUUCCAGUAUUUAUUGUGACGGACAAUUCUCAUUCUUUCUUUCUGUAUUGACAAUUGGUUGUUUCUUUCCUUAUUAGAGAACACGGACAAAACUUUACAAGUCUUCUACUCUCCAUCAGGUCCGUGCGUGUGUUAGCUACGUUUUGGGUUCUAGUACAAAUAUCCAUUAAGGAUUCAAAAGCAUUCAUUUCUUUACAGGCAAAGAACCUGUUUUUCCUCAUCUCUCGGAGCUUUUAUUUAUUUACUUAACACGUAUUUUGUUUAGCAACAUAAUUUUACUCUCGUUUUAUUAACUUGGAGUAUCCGUCAUUCUUGGUUUUUUUUUUUGGUGCGCGCGUGUGUGUUGUUUAAUUUUUCUGUUGCGUUAAUUUUCGUUUUAAUUUGCUCUCGUUUUCAUUUUGAUUUUUUCUUGUUUGACUUCCCUUUUUACGAACAUAUAUACAUACAUAUAUUAUGAGUCAGUCUUAUAAAAAUAGUAAAAUUAAGGACUUCGUCCAGCGCUGGAUCCUUUUGAAUGCUAACUCUGGAAUGACCAUUUCAGAACAACUCCUCAACAAUGAAGAUCUCUAUCCCGUACCUAAACGGUUUCGGCUUUGGGGUCCAUGGAACUAUGUCGCGUUUUGGUUGGCAGAUGCCGUCAAUAUUAAUACCUGGAUGAUUGCAGGCACAGCGGUUACCAGUGGCCUUGCUUGGUGGGAAGCUUGGAUCACCGUAUGGAUCGGUUACACAAUCUCCGCUCUAAUAUUAGCUGCCGUUGGUCGUGCUGGCUCUGUUUACCAUAUUUCCUUUCCCGUGUUGUCUCGUAGCUCCUUCGGCAUUUGGGGCUCUUUCUGGCCCAUCCUCAAUCGUGCCGUCAUGGCAUGUAUCUGGUACGGCGUUCAGGCGUGGAUUGGCGGUGAAUGUGUAACACUCAUGAUUCGCUCCAUCUGGCCGUCUUAUUCUCACAUUCCAAAUACAAUGUCGAAAAGCGGAACUCAAACGUAUCAAUGGGUCAGCUUUUUUAUUUUCUGGCUCGUCUCCAAUGUCGCAAUUUGGUUUCCCGUUUACCAACUCCGCCAUCUCUUUACCGUGAAGUCUUUGCUAGCUCCAACAGCGGCUUUUGCGUUCCUUAUUUGGGCUCUGGUUAAGGCUCAUGGGGCGGGUGAUGCUAUUCAUUCUCCUACCACUCUAAAUAAAUGGGACCACGGUUGGGCUGUUGUUAGCGGUAUUGUUAGUUGUCUUAAUAAUUUUGCAACCUUAAUCGUCAAUAAUCCUGACUUUACUCGCUUUGCUACCACCCCGAAUACUCCUUUGUGGCCUCAAAUUAUUACCAUCCCCGUAGGAUAUGGCAUUACAACAUUAAUCGGCGUCUUAGUUGGCUCAGCUUCCAAAUCUAUUUAUGGAAAUAAUAUAUGGAAUCCUUUAGACCUUCUGUCUAGCUUUUUAGACCAUUCCAAUGCCCACGGUGUUCGAGCCGGUGUCUUUUUCAUCGCUACAGGUCUCGGUAUUGCUCAGUUGGGAACCAAUAUCGCCGCCAAUACUGUCUCGGCUGGAAACGACCUUUCCGCUUUAUUUCCUGCUGUCAUUAAUAUACGAAGAGGAGCUUAUAUAGCAUCUAUUGUUGGUAUCGCUAUGUGUCCUUGGAAUUUACUUUCGACCUCUAAUAGCUUUUCCAACUCAUUAAGUGCUUAUGCCGUCUUUCUUUCGUCUUUUGCUGGCGUCAUGCUCGCUGAUUAUUAUGUCGUUCGCAAAGGUUAUCUCAAGAUUUCGAGUCUGUACACGACGGAUAAUAAAGGUCCUUACUGGUUUUUUCAUGGCAUAUCGGUCCGCGGAUUUAUCUCUUAUAUAUGUGGAUUGGUUAUAAACGUUACUGGCUUGGCCGGAAAUAUAGGAGACAAGGUGCCGAAGGCUGCUUUGACAAUGAGUAAGCUGGCUUAUUUAAUUGGAAUUCUCGUAUCGUUCCUAAUCCACAUUAUCAUUUGCACUAUUUUUCCUGUUACUGAUUGCGGCACGAAGUUUAUGGAUGAACAAGCUGAAGAAGCGGAGCACUUCUUGCUUCAAUUAGACGUUCCUGGAGAUAUGGAGGAAACAGAAGGCGUUCCCCUGUCAGCUCCUGAAACCGAGAAGUCCGAUUCAAAGCUCAAAAAUGAUGAAGUUCAAGUUUCGGGCUUAGAUGUCUAAACAGACUAUCUCAAAUCAAGUGACAGUUUGACAGUUGUAUAUUAUUUUGGUAUAAAUCUAUAGGUUCAUUUAUAGAGUAUAAUUUAGCAUGGUUUAAUAUAUCAUUUUCUCAAAAAAAAAAUA